GGCCGCUGUGCGCCGCGCGGGGCUCCGCACGCGGCCGCCACACAAAGGCAGCAGCUCCGCGCCCUCCGCUCCGCUCCGCAGGCAGGAUGCAGGUUCGGAGUCUCUUCCUCCUCCUGGUGCUGAUCCUGGUGGCCGCCACCGCCGAGGCUGGCAAAAACAAGAAAGAAAAGACAAAGAAGGAUGGCUCUAAGUGCGAGGACUGGCGCUGGGGACCCUGUGUUCCCAACAGUAAGGACUGUGGCCUGGGCUACCGCGAGGGAACUUGCAAAGGUGAGAGUAAGAAGCUCAAGUGCAAGAUCCCCUGCAACUGGAAGAAGAAAUUUGGAGCUGACUGCAAGUACAAAUUUGAGAGCUGGGGAGGCUGCAGUGCUCAGACUGGCCUGAAGACUCGCUCCGGAAUCCUGAAGAAGGCCCUGUACAAUGCCCAGUGUGAGGAGACUGUCUAUGUGACCAAGCCCUGCUCCUCCAAGAUCAAGUCAAAGUCCAAAGCAAAGAAGGGCAAGGGGAAGGACUAGAGCAGGAAACCAGCGUCCUCAUCGGCCCCUCAACACGGUGCCUACAGGACUGGAUGUCCAGCUGUAGCUGGCCCACACUACAGUCUUCCUCCUCCUCUCCUUACUCCUUCCCAUGACCUCCUCUUUCACUGAGAUGCCUUGUUUUAAUCAUUAGUGUUGUAGAGAGCAAACCCACCCACCCUGCAGGAUAGGCUGCCUCCUUCCUUGCUGCCCCAUGGGCACUACCUACGCAUCCUACUCACCUCCUCUGGGCUGCUGUUGGGGUUCACUGGGAUGUGCUCAGAGAGCUGGGAUGGAACACACAUUUUUCCACCCUCCAGCACAAAUGAGUUGCCUUUAGCACAUACUUUUGCAAGCCCAGGAGCCUCCUUGCUCCUCCACCAGGUACCAGUGCCAGAGGGAAGGGCUGGGCGUUGAAUGCCCGAGUAACCCCAUCACUGAAGCUUCUCACUCAAGGACUGCUCUCACCUCAGGGGGUUUAUUUCAGCAUCCUUUUGGCUGGGGCAUGACUUACCCAGAGCAACUGAGGAAAACACAACCAUCACCCUGAGAAGCAACUGUGUCUCCUCUCUUGUAACCAUGUGUGUCCAUGCUGGGGCUGCAGUCCCUCUGCCUUUGCCAUGCCAACACCAGUGCUGGGUGGGAGCUCUCCUUUUGGAAUUUUUCUUUUUCUUUUCCAAUAAAAAUCUUUUUUU